AACAGCACCCGCGUGUGUUGCAGACGGUUGAUGAACUGCUCUUCCAUUCAACGGGCACUUGACAAGCACAAUUUGCAUGCGAAAUGUGAGAAGUGCAAACGAAUAGUGACUGAUAUCAAAUACUAUAAUAUUUCAAUGAGAUCGAGUUAAUUGUAUUUGAUUUUAAUUUGUUCUUAAAUUGCAAUUAGAAAGCAAUUCUACUCAAAAGCGACAACAGCAAGAAACCUUAUCGAAAGAGGUUUUAUAAAUUUCCUUUAGUGCCUACGUUCAUAAAAUCAUUUACUACGCAAGAGUGUUUCAAUUGUGGAUUACGUUGUGAAAUCUUUCCAUAGAUCGAUUACUCAAUUACAAGACGCGAGCAUAUGUCAAAAAUAAUAAUAUCUAAAUAAGCCAUAGCAACAGCAGCCAACACAAAUACAACACAAUGAAAGAUAAACUGGAGGAGGUGGUGGCCUACAGUAGAAAAGUGUCUACGACAGCGGCCAGCAUAGACGAAAUGGAUAUAGAUGAAUCCGAGCUGAAUGAUCCAUUCCAGGCGCUCAUGGAGAAGGCCGGCAACCAUGGACGCUAUCAGACACUCUACAAUUAUGUGUUUGUCGCUGGCCUGGCCUUUGCCGGUGCCAUGAUCUACAUGAACAUCAUAUUGGCACUCAAUAUACCCGAGCACUGGUGCACUGUGCCGGGAAGGGAGCUCACAAACUACACGCUGGAUCAGUGGCGCGAUUUGACAUUGCCCAAACAGAAAGACAACCGAGGGAAGGAGACGCACAGCAGUUGUGAAAUGUACGAUAUGAACUUUACAGAAGUAUCCGAUUUCUCAGCCUGGACCAAUAGCCGCAGCAAAAAUCAAACCACAGUUUGCCAGAACGGCUGGAGCUACGACCAGACCUGGUAUGACAGCACAAUACCCACCGACCAGAACUGGGUGUGCGCCAAGGAUUUGUUUGUAACAAAUGUGUUCGUUGUGGGCCGCGUCACGGAGGUAGUCGGUUCAUUUAUAUUUGGACAAAUGGGCGAUUCCUUUGGACGCAGUGUGGUCUACUACAUUAGCGUCGUCUUCUGCUCGGUGGGACGCCUGGGCUCCGUUCUAUGCACGUCCUCAUAUACAUGGUUUCUCAUCACGUCCGGCAUUGUGGGCCUCACCGUCAACAGUCUCUUUCAAUCGCCGCAAAUUAUUGGCAUGGAAAUCUCACGGGAGGAGGAUCGCAGUCGAAUUGCCUUCUUUCAGAGCGUUGGCUGGUCCGUGGGCACAACGCUGAUGCCGCUGCUGUUCUGGUGGCUGCGCCACUGGGAAUCCUUUAUGUGGCUAACAUCGCUGCCCACGGCGAUGGUUUUAAUUUUCUCCAAAUACGUCAUCGAAUCGCCGCGCUGGUUGAUUAGCAAGCAGCGCUACCGAGAAGCCAUUGUGCAGUUCAAGAAGAUUGCCAAAAUUAAUGGGCGCACAUUCGAUGUGACCGAGAAAGAGCUGACCGAAAUCUAUAGCCAGGACAAGCAAGAGGUUACCUAUGGCAUGGCCUCGCUGUUCGCCGGCUGGCGUCUGGCGCGAAACACCACCAUCAUGGGUUUUAGCUGGUGCGUGGUUGCCGUUUCCUACUUCACAUUGGUGCUCUUCAGCUCGCGGAUGGCGGGCAAUCCGUUUUUGAACUUUUUGUACCAGAGCAUUGUGGAAAUACCCGCCUACAUGGUCGGCAGAUACCUGGGCGACAAGUACGGACGCCGCUUUACCAAUUCGGUAUCCUUUCUCAUCUCCUUCAUCACCUGCCUGCCCAUCAUUGCCUAUGCCACCGAUGAGCGCUUCGAGUGGCUGAUGAUCUAUUUGGCCACGUUCAUCAAAUUCCUCAAUGCGGUUACAUUCUUUACGGCCAAUCUGCAGUGCCUGGAGAUCUAUCCGACGUGCAUGCGUCAGACGGGCAUUGCACUGGGCUCCAUUUUGGCCAAUGCGAUUGGCGUGCUGGCGCCUUAUCUGGUGUAUCUGGGGACGACGGUUAACAUACGCGCUCCUUAUUAUAUACUGGGCACCCUGUUUCUGCUGGGCGGAAUCGGUGCCCUGUUUCUGCCAGAGACCCUGCACAAGAAGCUGCCAGACACCAUCAAGGAGGCAAGGAACUUUGGCAGGCACGAUAAAUUCUUCAGUCUGCCAAAAGCGCCGCUGGCCCAGGAAAAGAAGUCUACAUCGCAGCCGGAGCUAACCAAGCUGAAUCAGCCGGCAUUUGCGCCAUGAAUGAGAAGCUGAAGAUGAAGCUGAAGCUGCAGCUAAAGCUGAGGCAGAAAGGCAAUUGAUUUGCUUGGCCCGUUGUGAUGUUACAUUAAGUACGCCCCAAGUAUUACGAAUAAAGUGUUGUUAUACUUAA